CGGGAGCGCACGCGAGCGGGUCACGCCGCGCGGGCAGCGCCCGAGCCGUCCCGCACUCGCGCCGGGCCAAGCAGCGGAGCGCCCGGGGAUGCCACAGGGGCCCGGAGCGCGGGGAGCGGCCGCCGCGUGCUGAGCCGCCAGCGGGACGCGUGACUGCCAGGAGCUGCUGCUGCCACCACCGACCCCCAUGGCCUAUACACCAGGUGGGGGAGCCCCGGUGGCAGGGGUGCCCCCCAUGGGCUCCCAGUACUGCGUGUGCAAGGUGGAGCUAUCUGUGAGCGGCCAGAACCUGCUGGACCGGGACGUCACCUCCAAGUCCGACCCUUUCUGUGUCCUCUUCACGGAGAAUAGCGGCAGGUGGAUGGAGUACGACAGGACAGAAACGGCCAUCAACAACCUCAACCCCGCGUUCUCCAAGAAGUUCGUCCUCGACUACCACUUUGAAGAGGUGCAGAAGCUCAAGUUCGCCCUGUUUGACCAGGACAAGUCCAGCAUGCAGCUCGAUGAGCACGACUUCCUGGGCCAGUUCUCCUGCAGCUUGGGAACAAUCGUCUCCAGCAAGAAGAUCACUCGGCCUCUGCUGCUGAUGAAUGACAAGCCAGCAGGGAAGGGCUUGAUUACGAUCGCUGCCCAGGAGCUGUCAGACAACCGGGUCAUCACACUGAGCCUAGCAGGCAGGAAGCUGGACAAGAAGGACCUCUUUGGGAAGUCAGACCCAUUUCUCGAGUUUUACAAGCCAGGGGAUGAUGGCAAAUGGAUGCUGGUCCACAGGACUGAGGUGAUCAAGUACACGCUGGACCCUGUGUGGAAGCCAUUCACCGUGCCAUUGGUGUCCCUGUGUGAUGGGGACAUGAACAAGCCCAUUCAGGUCACGUGCUAUGACUAUGACAAUGACGGGGGCCAUGACUUCAUUGGCGAGUUCCAGACAACGGUGUCACAGAUGUGUGAGGCCCGCGAUGGUGUCCCGCUGGAGUUGGAGUGCAUCAACCCCAAGAAGCAGAGGAAGAAGAAGAGUUACAAGAACUCAGGCAUCAUCAUCCUGCGUUCCUGCAAGAUACACCGAGAGUACUCCUUCCUGGACUACAUCCUGGGAGGCUGCCAGCUCAUGUUCACCGUUGGAAUAGACUUCACAGCUUCCAAUGGGAAUCCCCUGGACCCAUCGUCUUUGCACUACAUCAACCCCAUGGGCACCAACGAAUACCUGUCGGCCAUCUGGGCAGUGGGGCAGAUCAUCCAGGACUAUGACAGUGACAAGAUGUUUCCUGCUCUGGGAUUUGGGGCCCAGCUACCCCCAGACUGGAAGGUCUCCCAUGAAUUUGCCAUCAACUUCAACCCCACCAACCCCUUCUGCUCGGGCGUGGACGGCAUCGCCCAGGCAUACUCGGCCUGCCUGCCCCACAUCCGCUUCUAUGGCCCCACCAAUUUCUCCCCCAUCGUGAACCACGUGGCCCGCUUUGCAGCUCAGGCCACGCAGCAGCAGACAGCCAUGACAUAUGCGUGCACAUGCACACCCACAUACAGGAAAUGGAAAGCAGGUGGUGGAGGAUCUCCAGGGAGGACUGCCUCUCCCAUUCAUUCAGCGCACAUGUCUUUCCUGCAAUACUUCAUCCUGCUCAUCAUCACGGAUGGCGUCAUCAGUGACAUGGAAGAGACCCGGCAUGCUGUGGUGCAGGCUUCUAAGCUGCCCAUGUCCAUCAUCAUCGUGGGUGUGGGCAACGCCGACUUCACUGCCAUGGAGUUCCUAGAUGGGGACAGCCGCAGGCUGCGCUCCUACACUGGCGAGGAAGCAGCCCGUGACAUUGUGCAAUUCGUGCCCUUUCGAGAGUUCCGCAACGCAGCAAAAGAGACUCUAGCCAAAGCUGUCCUGGCGGAGCUGCCCCAACAAGUUGUACAGUACUUCAAGAAUAAAAACUUGCCCCCCACCAACUCGGAGCCUGCCUGAGCCUGUCCCCAGCAGCAGCAGCAUGCCACCUUCCCCAGGAACAUGCACGCUCACUCUGCUUCCUCGUGGGUGGUCUUUUUUUUUAACCAAUCCACAAUUUUAUUUUUUACAACCGGACCUCUGCCCCCACCCACCCCAGCCCAGCUGGGCUUCCUGUGUUGGAGUCAGCUGAUGAUGCUUCCAGGCCAAACCAGCAAACCAGCUUCUCCCAACCCCCCAUAAGUAUUGAAUGUACUUUGUAUAAUUUUAGUGGAAUUGUUAUUAAAGAGAAUAAAAUUUUUACAGUCA